AUGGGUCGCUUCACUGAGUACAUGGUCAUCGGCCGCCACCUCCCCACGGAGCGUGAGCCGACGCCGAAGCUGUACCGCAUGCGCAUCUUUGCGCCCAAUGCGACGGUGGCCAAGAGCCGCUUCUGGUACUUCGUGCGCCAGCUGCGGAAGAUGAAGAAGGCCACGGGCGAGAUCGUUGCUUGCAACGCUAUCUCCGAGGCCAAGCCGCUGAAGGCCAAGAACUUCGGCAUCUGGCUGCGCUACAACUCGCGCUCCGGCACGCACAACAUGUACAAGGAGUACCGCGAGAUGUCGCGCGCCGGCGCCGUCGAGAGCAUGUACCAGGACAUGGCUGCCCGCCACCGCGCUCGCUUUGCCAGCAUCCACAUCCUCAAGGUCUCUGAGAUCGAGAAGACGUCGGACAUCCGCCGCCCGUACAUCAAGCAGCUCAUCACGCCCAAGCUGCGCUUCCCGCUGCCGCACCGCCGCCCGCGUGCGCUCGGCCUCUUCGCCGCGCACCGCCCCGCCACGUUCUACUAG